AUGAACGUCAAUACGCUUUAUCCGGGCAAUGUGGGCAGCCAACUGUCGUCCGAGGCCUUAUGCAGAAGCCUAAAGAAUGCGCUGGGUAUCAAUUCUCCCGGCGGUGGUGCCGCCGGCACUAGGGAGGAUGCAGGCAGCCGUAACCUUCGGGAGCCGUGCCCAAAUAUUGUUCUCCCGAGGUCCCCUGCAGCAAUGGCGACAUUUCCAGUAGCAAUGCCGCCUCAUCCCCCUAAUAAGGCCCGGGAUCCAAUGGCAGGUUACCCCUGCCCGUCAUCGAUUACGCCUCCGGUGCCCCGGUGCCCACCGCCGCAACCCUUGCCAUCUGAGGGCCACACCAGCGUCACGGUGCCGUCGUCGACCGUGGAUGUGGGUUUUGCGCCGUUGCCCGAGCGAGACCCAUCGAUAUCGAAGCAGCGCGCCCUCAUUUUGACCAAGAACAGCAACGUGGAUGCUGACUUGCUAGAUCAGGCACUAUCAGACUGCUACGGCCGCUUCGUCGCCCUGCUCCCGGAGGAGGUGCUGCGCGACCAUGUGCGGCUGUGCUUCUACCUGCGCGACGCUUACUGGUGGUACUGCGACAAGUGGGCCGUGCGCCACCCCAACAAGCUGUGCCCGCUGAAGUUCGGGGCGUUCCUGACUCUGGUUUGCGACGACUGCCCGCUGCUGCGCGCUUUUAUAAGCGACGAGGAGGAGAAGGUAUUGCUGGAAAACUGGUCUAAGUACAACCAGAAGAUACCGCUGCGCGGUUGUAUGGUGAUGAACAAGACCUGUGACAAGGUGCUGAUGGUGCAGAGCUACAACAGCAACAACUGGACCUUUCCGCGCGGCAAAACCGACGAGGAGGAAGCUGACAGUGCGUGCGCCGCCCGCGAGGUCCUGGAGGAGGUGGGCCUGGACGUGCGCGAGCUGAUACAUCCUGAGGUUUUUUUGGAGCACGUGAGCAACGGCCGCACGCUGAAGCUGUUUUUCGUCCCCGGCGUCGACGAAAACACCAAGCUCGGCUCAAAUACGGAGUACGAAAUCGGGGAGAUAAAGUGGAUACGGCUGUCGUCGCUGGUCGAGGCGCACAAGAGGCAAAUGAAGCAGUUCCGUCUUUUCGACGUCGCCCAGUUCGUGAAGGGCCUCUGGGAAUUCGUGCGCGACUUCCGCAGGGGGGAUCUGCGCGAGCACUUCCCUGGCGCCUACGCAGCGUUCUGCCGUGUGAAGGAAAGCGCAGAGGAGCUGCCAUUGCUAGACGGGUGCGGCCCCGGCGACCCGUUGCCGACGUCAAACGGUGGGCACAGGUCUCACCUUUCGAAGUUCCAGUUCAACGACCAGCAGAAGGCGGACCGGUGCUACGAAACUUUCGGCGAGACCAGCGGCUGGUCGGUCGACGAGAUGUUCAGGGUGAACCAGGAGAAGUUCGGCCGCGGUGGGGCCGUGUCGAGUCGUGCUGCGGCGUCACGCUUUCCGCCGCGCCGUUACAUAAUCAGCCAGCGUGCAAUCGCCAAGCAAUUUUACCAUCGCUUUUUUUGGUUCCUAUCGGAGAUGGCGACGGUAACAACCACGAUUAAGACCGAGCUCUGCUCGUUCAGCGACUACAGGGUUUACCCCGGCCGCGGCCAGAAGUUCGUGGCUCGCGAUGGGAAGGUGUACUUCUUCCUCACCUCCAAGGCUGCCUCCCUGCACAAGCAGCGUGUGAAGCCGGCCAAGGUUAAGUGGACUCCGAGCUGGAGGAAGGCCAACAAGAAGUUCCAGACGGUGGUGUCCCACCGCCGCCGCUCCAAGAAAGCCGCCAAGUACCAGAAGGCUUUCUUGGGCUUGAGUCUUGAGGAGCUCAAGGCCAAGCGUGCGACUGCCGCCAAGUCUGACUCUAAGCUGAACCCCAAGCAGGCUAUGCUCGCCGAGGCCAAGGAGAAGGCCAAGAAGCUCAAGGGCGCUGCUCCCAAGGCCGCUGGCGCUGUUCCCGCCAAGCAGGUCCCCAUCCCCAAGAAGAUCACCAAGACCGCCAUGCGCAAGUAA